AUGCAAUCAUUUUAAGACACUGAUAAUAAUAGUGAAAACUUGAAUGAAGAAGAUAAGUAAUGUAAUAUUAUGUAUAACUCAAGCAGUUCAAUAAAUUAGCAGGUACCAUAGUUCCCUUAGAAAAAGGCCCCAUCAUAUUCUCGUGAUGUUCCUCAAAUACUCAAAUUAUAAAAUUAAUUUAGAAAUGCUUAAGGAAACACUCGUAGAGAAUUAGAAUGUCAAUUAAUAAAAAGGUUGGUUGAUUUGAAAAAGAAUAGUGAUUCAGAUUGGUAUAGAUUGAAUGGAGCAUGGGCAUUAAAAUAUACAACAUAUUUAUAUGAUAACUCAAGUACAUUACCUGGUCCAAUUGACAAUACUGACUUACUUUAGAAUAGAAAUCAAGUAAGAAAUGUAGAUUUCUUUGUUGUAAAUGAGACAGUUUGGAAGUUCCUUCUUGAAGAGUAUAGUGGAGGACCUGAAAUUCUGGAUGAAAAAAUUCCUCCAUCUCCUACUUCUAAUGCUAGUUCUACAACAGACAGAGCAAAGUCGGUUGAUAUAAGUAUAAUUUCAAGCGUAUCACAAUUGGAUAUAAAUCCUGA